AUGACUACUAUCCUCUUUGGCCGCCAGAAAAUUUAUCUGCGAGGUCACAGAGAUAAUACCAAGGACGUUGCCAAUGAUGGGACUGCCAAUCAUGUCAACUUUCUGGCCCUCCUUGACUUCCUUGUUAAAACUGGAGACAGGGUUCUAGGUAUGCACCUAAGCACAGCUGCCAAGAAUGCUCUGUUCACAUCUUGGAAUAUCCAUAACCAGUUGAUUCACAUUUGUGGAGAACAGAUACGUGACAUUAUCUUUCAGAAAGUGAAGACAAACAAGUUUUUCUCUAUCAUAACUACUGAGAUCACUGACUCUGCCUGCAAGGAGCAGCUCAGCAUUGUGUUGAGGUAUGUGGACCCUAAUGACGACAUCAGAGAAGACCUGGUGGACUUUCUGGAGUGUGACAAUGAGGUAACUGGCAGAUUUACUGCAGAUAAGGUGACAAACAGCAUCACAGGGUGUGGACCUUACAUCAAUAACCUUAGAGGUCAGGCCUUUGACGGAGCUAGCAACGUGGCUGGCAGCUCCAAGGGGGCAGCAGCUAUCAUAAAGGAGACCAACCACUCUGCUUUCUACCAGCACUGCUCAACACAUGCCCUCAACGUGGCUGUUGUUAAAUCCAUCCAGAUCACCAGUAUCCGGAACAUGAUGGCCAAGGAAAUAGUUGAGGCCAGCAGAGAAGUUAACUGUGUGAAAGCAGGACUAAAGACAUCCAAAACAACAUGGAUGAUCACUACACUGAAUGGUUUCGUCAAACUCCAACGACACCGAGACAACACAUCAGCUGAUGGACCAGCUGAAUACUACUGGAGAACUGUGGCCAUUCCACUCCUAGACCAUCUCUUGGCAGAGAUGGAG